GCGGCGAGGUGAGGGAUGGAGGGGGGCGGAGGGGAGGAGCGGGCGGGAGGUCGGAAGGCGAACCAGCUGCGGGCGUACUCGUGCACGCGGAACCCGCUGGAGCGGGCGCACGGGUCGGCGCGGUGGGCGCAGGGCGACACGGUGGUGGUGGCGGCGGUGUACGGGCCCCGGCCGGGGACGCGCAAGGGGGAGAACCCCGAGAAGGCGUCCAUCGAGGUGGUGUGGAAGCCCAAGACCGGGCAGAUCGGGAGGCAGGAGAAGGAGUACGAGAUGACGCUCAAGCGGACGCUGCAGAGCAUCUGCCUGCUCACCGUCCACCCCAACACCACCACCUCCCUCGUUCUUCAGGUUAUGGGUGACGAUGGUUCUCUUCUUCCAUGUGCAAUUAAUGCUUCCUGUGCUGCCCUUGUUUUUGCUGGCAUCCCUAUGAAACAUCUUGCUGUUGCAAUUGGCUGCGGAGUGUUGGCCGAUGGUGAUGUGAUUUUGGACACAAGCAAGGCAGAAGAGCAGCAAUUGAAAUCGUUUGCUCACCUGGUGUUCCCCAAUUCAAGCAAGUCUGUUGAUGUGAAAGAAUCACAACAGAAAGAUGGGCAGUCAGAACGGGGAUUGAUAACUUCCAUCACCCAUGGAGUGAUGUCCGAGGACGAUUACUUCAACUGUAUAGAGAGGGGACUUGCCGCAUCUGCGCGGAUCUCAGAUUUCAUGAGGACCACCUUGCAGAAGCACACACCUGACUAUCUCUGAGAGAGACACGUCGAAACUUGGCGCGACAGGUCGUGUUGCAAACAUAGCGCCUUGGUGACUUUGGGGCGUGGUUGUGUUGGCAUGGAAAGCAUGCGCGCACGAGGAACAAUUUUGCAGGAAAAUGCAGGCACUAGCUUCAUUUUGGAAUGUUGAACCACUAGAAUACUAUAUAGCAGUCGUUGUCCUGUAGAACCUUAAUUAUCUGUUGUCAUCCAUGCUGUGCUGAUUGAAUAGAAAGGGUUGUUUCGGCUAUGUAUGUACCUUUUGUUUCA